GCUGUGCUCUAUGAAAAAGGGGUUUAAUGCAUAUGCGUAAAGUGUCGUCCAAGAUUAUAUUAUGCAGUUCGCACAGGCUAAUCAGGGACGACACUGUCCGCUUUUAUGAUAUUUUGCAUUUGAAAGUCUCUUCUUAGCAAAAAUCUAGUUUAGGCGGAAAGUGUCGUUCCUUACUAUAGCCUGUGUAGACUGCACGACUCAUAUACAAGUAAUUUCUUGUAGAAUUCUGUGUACUUAAGAAGCAACAAAAUGAACAACGACAGCUUUAAAAUGGUUGUGAUAUUUAGAACUGUAUGAAAUGAGAACCCAUGGAAUCAAAACCGGCAUUGAAAGUUGAUAUGUAAAUAAGUUCUGAGUUGGAGAUUUCAGACACUGUGAACAAUGCCUUGAAGCCUGACAUUUUCAAUAUCUGCGUCCUAAAUACGUUAGUUUUACCAGUAAACAUAUUAUGCCUCAUUUAUGCUGCAAUCAGCUCUUGCACAUUUAAGUGAUUCAUACAUAGAAGACAGUGUUAACAAACAUACAAAUGAAAUUAAGCUUACAACCUGAGUCAAACAAUUAUAAAAAUAGCAUUUGCAAAGUAUAAACAGACCUAAGACACUGUGAUGUAGGGUCCACAAUUUUAGACAAGAGCUCAAGCUAGUUUGUACACAGUGCCAUAAUAUUGCCAGUUGAAAUAUCAUGGCGCGGUUGUCAAUCUCCGGUACGCCGUUACAACAUUACCACCACAACUAUGUCUUGGUCUUAAUGACUGGACUGCUGGGAUGUCGCUGGCACAGAUACAUGCAAUCUAGAAAAGGAUCCAGGAAGGUGGACAUUGUGCUGUUUAUGUUCCUUUUCCUGACCGCCACAUUUGUAACAGGCUGGUUCUACUUCACCUUUGUGAUGAAGACUGACAAAAUAAACUUUAAUAUAUUUAUGAGAGACUCUACAGGGUCUUACAUAGACUGGUUUAUGCUGUUACAAGCCAUAGUUUCUACGUUGUUUGCCUAUGCCAUGCUUCUUAUGCUGCUGAGCAUAUGCCAUGUGGUACAGGGCCAUCAGCUAUACCUGCAACCAUGUCAUGGAGCCCUCGUAUUUGUGAUGUUCUGCGCGUGUGUUGCCCUCACUGUGGCUACCCUGCAGAUAUGGAGGGAGGAGUACGCUGUGAUAUAUCUAUCUUUGCAAAUCUUCGGGCCAUUCCUUCAGAUUGGUGCUGUAUGUCUUAUGACGGUGUCCUCAUGGUUGAUUGCUCACGAGUGGUUCAGCAUCGUAAGAUUAGAAUUGAAAGUGUUCAGCCUGAUAGUAUAUGCCUUUCUGUUGUUGGGCUUGUACGUCAGUCCCCUUUUCAUCAACUCCCCCUGUGUGAUAGCUGCGGAGAAGUUACCAACCAAGCCAAGGCUGUUUGCUCACAGGGGAGCAUCUGCUAUAACUCCAGAGAACACUCUCCUAGCCAUUAAGGAAGCUUCCCGCUAUGAUGAUGUUUUUGGGAUUGAAGUCGAUGUCCGAAUAUGUGUGGAUGGAGUGCCAUAUGUCCUGCAUGAUGACCACCUGCGGAGGACUACAAACGUAGAGGAGGUGUACCCUGACCUGGCCAGCCUGCAUGCUGACUUCUUCAACAUCACACAGCUACAGAGUCUGAGUGCAGGAAAAUGGUUCCUUAAGUACGGUCCAGACAGGACGCUGGCAGGAUCUGGAGGAGUAGUGCAGGCUGAGUUUGUGAAUCAGACCGUACCAACAUUCCUGGAGGUGUUACACCUGGCCCUGUACCUUGAUCUGGCAGUCAUGUUUGACGUGUACCUGCCCCCCGUCAGUCACCCGUACUACAAUGACACCCUGACGAUCAUCAAUGAUGUCAUCUAUAUGUCCUCAGUCAACAAAUCAAAGAUAUUCUGGACAGCAGGUACCUCUACCCGCUUUGAGAACAUCACAAUACCCUCGGCAUAUCAGCGAGUGGCUGGCACGAAAGGAAUGAAUUCUCAAACUCUCAAGAAAAACAACUUCUCUGCCGUAAACCUUGAGCAUGUGGAUUUUGAUAAGGAAUAUUUUAGAGAUUACAAGAGUGCUGGACUGAAGCAGUUUGUGUACAUAGUGGAUUCAGGCUGGCUCUACUCCUACUAUUGGUGUUUAGGGGUGGACUUUGUACAUACCAACUACUGCAACAUGCUCAGCAAGCAGGCUUCACCCAUUUGGCACAUGUCGCCAACAUUUUACCUGGUACUGUGGGUGGCGGUGGACUCUGUAUCAGCAGUGCUGGUUGUGGCCAUGUUCCUCAUUCAGAGGCACCGGCUGUUUGGUCAACAGUUCCAUCCAGAUCAAACGAGCCUCAGUCUCAACUCCAGCCUCAGCGGCCAUGGUAACUGGGGUCACAAGCGAGCCAGGAGGUCAAUGAAAGAAAAGCUACUCAUGCGUGACCUUCCCGGUGACACGUGUGACCUUGACCAUAGCGACCAUGACUUUGGCAUUGAUAGUAGGGGUUAUGAAAUCACCAUGAACGCAGAAGAUGGUCAGGCUCUUUCCCAGGCUUUCCAUAGCAACCGUGAAAGUUACUAUAGCGAUGAUGGUUUCCAAGGUAACGGAGAUGUGGCAAAUGGCAGGGAAAGCUUAACUAUGGGCUUAGAAAAUGGAGAUUUGCUAACAAUUUCAAGGAAUAGGAACAGUUAUAAUAGUUUAGAAAACACAAACCCGGAGGAAAGUGUGACUGAAAUAAUGUUCAACAGAAAUAGAACAAAUAGCUCAUUUUCUGUGACUGGUACUUAUAACAUAUGAUAUGCAAAUGCUUUAUGUAUAAUGCUUAUUGAAAUAUUAUUUGUAAUUUGAAUGGUCAUGUUUUACUGAUGGUUUUGUUCUUGCUUAUUUGUGUUGUAUAAGGACGGUUAUAUCGCCAGUUUAUAUGAAAUCUAUAAUAAAAGGCAUUCAGUAAUUACUUCUUAGAGCUGUAUGACUAUUACACUGUUAACGUAAGCUUUUGUUCAUUAUUAAUUUUCAUUUUGAAAAAGACUUGCUUUUGUAUAUUAAUAACCUCUUUUAUUGUUUCAGUUCUCAUAGCAAUUCUUGUAAUGUAUGACAAUACUUAAUUUACAACACUUUUAUCUUUUGAUGUUCAUUUAUAUUUUGGGGAUAAUAUUUAUCUAACCAAAGGUUGUGAACAUUUUUACAUUUUGUUUUAAUUUGCAAUUAUGAAUUAUGCACUAAUAUUUAUUGCAAGUGUUGUUCAACUUUUUUUUUCGUGAAUUAAUUUCAUUAUCUGAGGAGUAAAUGUAUGUCAUCGAUAGCAGAAUCAUUUUAACUGUAUAACGAGUAUUUUUCAGGGCUUGCUUGGAAAUGAAUGUUUAGUCUGAGUUUGUUUGACUUUCAAUAUCUAAGGCAUUCCAGACACAAAAAUAGUUAAAGCAUCUAAGCGUUAUUAUUUAAUGUCACAGAUACUUAGUUUUUAAAUAAGCAGACUUAUUCAAUGUCUCUAAGUUCUCUUACUAAAUUAUAACACAGGAAAUAAAUUGAUGAAAGUUUCCAAGUCCUUUGACAAAAUCUUUUCUUUCUUUUAAAUUAUUUCCAGUUGUACUUUUGAACAAGUACUCAUAUAUUACUAUGUUUAUUUUCAUAUUAACAUCAUCAUCUACAGCAUGUUACGUGUUCUUUGCCUAUGUACUGUGAUACCUAUUGCUAAUUGCCAUAUAAUUGUAUAUUUUAAUGUAUUUACUGCACAAAUUAUGACACCUACAUGUAUAUAAAAGGUGUUGUGCACAACCCUCCUGCAUCUUAUAAAAUAGUUUUAAGCGCGGUCCUUAUAUGACCCCCAUAUUCAGAGAGAGGGGGACAUAUUGAUUUCCUCUUGUUCGUUUGUACAUCCUUCAGUUUAGUUCUUGUGUUGGGCAGAACUCAUAAAGAUUGAUGCUAGACGAGUAAUACUUGUUAGCCAUCAUGUGAACAUGAGUACCUCAAUACUUUGGUUUGGAUGUUUCUAACAUUAUCAAAGUAUUGGCCUUUAUAUUUGGUUUCGGAUUUUGGAAUAUAAAAAAAGUAUUAAGGCAGCACUGAAAUGUUAGGGAAUCUUUGCCCUACCGAACAUGUUUAGUUACAUCUUGAAUGUUGUAAUGCGCGAUCUCUUGCUUUUUUUUCUUAAGGAAUUCUCAUCCUCAUUUAAAUAUUGCCCUUGCUGUAGAAAAAUGGGGCUAAAUGUAUAUGCAUAAAUUGCUGUUUUAUGGAAUAUGUGUUUAAAGGAAAUCUGUUGUAAACACAAAUUCAGUCUUAUCACAAAGUGUUAUCCCAUAUUAGCCUGUGCUGACUACACAGGCUAAUCUGAGACGACACUUUGCGCACAUGCAUUAAGCCCUGUUUUUGCAUAGCAAGGCUCAUGUGUUCAGUGAUAAUGUCCAACUUGAAGCAUGGAAGAAGAUCUGUAUCAAACACUAAGAUAAUGUUUUGGGAUGUGAACUUUAAUUACAGAUUCCAUUUUAAUGGAAACAAUUUCAAUAAAUUUAAAAGUUAAUUACCUUGAACAAAAUAAGCAAGCGGAAAACAUUUGUCAAUAACUCUUGGUUGGCAUCAACAUCAGUGACUUUUAUAAGGAUGUGUGAUGGGAUUUAGAGCAAUGUCAAAACUGUGCUUUAUUAAAAAAUACCAACAUAAAUAAAGGUACACAAUUUAACCCUUAAAGCGCUGGAGCUGAAUUUUAAAGGCCUUUGCAAACAGUUUGGA